AUGGCUGCCAUGCAGGGCCGCUUCUCUGCCUCUCAGAUCCUCAUCCAAAACGGCAGUGACGUGGACCAUGUGGAUCACUUUGGGAACACUCCUCUCCAUGUGGCAGCGAGGUAUGGUCAGGAGCUGCUGAUCAGCACGCUGCUGACCAACGGGGCCGACAAAACCAAACGUGGCGUUAACGGCAUGCUCCCUCUGCAUCUGUCUGCGCUCUAUGGUUUUCCUGACUGCUGUCGGAAGCUGCUGUCUCCAGGUCAACUGUAUAACAUGAUGCCACCUUUGGAGCCAGGUCAGAUGUGUGGGUUUGAUAUAAACAGUGCAGAUGAACACGGUAGGACCUGUCUGCACGCCGCUGCCUCCGGAGGGAAUGUGGACUGUCUCAACCUUUUACUAAACUGUGGUGCAGAUCUGGAUGCAAGGGACCAGUUGGGAAGGUCUCCGCUGCAUUACGCUGCAGCCAAUGGAAACAGUCAAUGCACCGUGUCCCUGGUGCGCGCCGGCUCCGAGGUGAACGACCGGGACCUGAUGGGCUGCAGCCCUCUGCACUACGCUGCUGCCUCCCUCACCUUCUCUGGGGAGGACACAGACCCUGACCCUGACUCGUAUCUGGAGAAGGAACGAGAAGCCUCUUUAUGUUUGGACUAUUUACUGGACAGUGGAGCGGACCCCACUUUGAAGAACAGUAAAGGCUACAGUGCUGUUCAUUAUGCAGCUGCGUACGGCAACAAGCAGCACCUGGAGCUGGCGUACUACGGUCACUGUGAGGCCCUGAGCCUGCUCUGUGAGACUCUGGUGAGUCUGGAUGUCCGUGACGUUCAGGGGCAGACGGCUCUGCACUUGGCCGCUCAGAGAGGACACUCGUCCUGUGUGGACGUCCUCCUCAAACACCAGGCGUCUUACGCCGUCAGGGAUCCACGGCACAAGAGGACCGCACUGCACGCUGCAGCGGCUGAAGGGAACAUGGACUGUCUGCUGUUACUGGUGAACGGGGAACAGAGCACUGACGUCAUUGACCUCGCGGACACACAAGGACAGACGGCGCUGAUGCUCGCGGCGCUGGGCUGUCACACAGACUGUGUUCACAUCCUCCUGGAGAAAGGUUCAAAACCUGACACCUCGGACCAGAAGGGCUUCACUGCACUGCACCGAGUGUCCAUGCUGGGCAGUGAGGACUGUGUCUCGGCUCUCUUGGACCACGGAGCCUCCGCUCUGUGUCGGGACUCUCAGGGAAGGACCCCGCUGCACUUGGCUGCCUCCUGUGGCCAUGCAGAGUUACUGCAUCUGCUGCUGAAGGCAGCGGUGACGCUGGACCCUCUGGACUCCAUGUUGGACUUUAAAGGAUACACACCCACGCACUGGGCGGCCUACCACGGGCGUGAAACAUGUUUGCAGAUUUUACUUGAACACAAACUUGAAAACAACGAAGAAGGAAACUCCUUCUCUCCUUUGCACUGUGCUCUAAUCAAUGGCCACGAAGAAGCUGCUACAUUUAUCUUAAAGACUAUGGACCCCAAAAGUAUCAACCUGCAGGACGCUAAAGGAAGGACUCCGCUCCACGCCGCAGCGUACUCUGGAAACCUGUGUGGGCUGGAGCUGCUGCUGUCUGCUGGGGCUGAGCUGAAUGCUGGGGACUGCAGUGGCUGCUCUGCCCUGAUGGUGGCAGCAGAGAGCGGCCAGACCAGGGCUGUGGAGUUUUUGCUGCACAAAGCCAAACCUGACCUGACUUUGGUGGACUCCAAUAACAACACUGCCCUUCACCUGGCCUGCAGCAAGGGUCACGAGAUGUGUGCGUUGUUGAUAUUGGGAGAGAUCAACGACUCGGCUCUGAUAAAUGCAGCCAACAACACUUUACAGAUGCCGCUCCACAUCGCGGCGAGACGCGGCCUGGCCACGGUGGUGCAGGUCUUACUGAGCAGAGGAGCCGCCGUGAUGGCUGUGGACGGAGAAGGCCGGACUCCAGCCCUGGCCUGUGCUCCCAAUAAGAAGGUGGCAGAUUGUUUGGCUCUGAUCCUGUCCACCAUGAAGCCUUUCUCUCCCAGAGAAACUAUCGUUAACAACGCUCCACAUUUCAGCCCCAUCCUGAAGAACUGUGGCAUCGCUGCCACCUGA